AUGCAUGGGAGUCUUGGGAGUAGCAUCCUCCUCGCCGCACGGGCCUCCUCCUUGCUGCACGGGCCUCCUCCUUGCCGGAGUGAUACCCAUCGCCAAAGCAGCGCCGGCCAAUCCCAUCAACCACCAGGUGCGUCCUUGGAUCAGUUUCCCACAUGCAGCAUGUUGUUCCUACUCCUCUACCUACUACAGCAACACAAUGUUCUUCUGUAUUGCAAUAGAGUAGGAGUAUUUGCUAGAGUAGUUAGUGAAAGAAAUAUGCCCUAG